AUGGUACCAUUAAAUGCAACGAAUAAUCAACAAUCUUUAGACAACAGUAAUAAUUUUGUUCGACGACGACCAAUGUCGAAUGAAAACAAUGAUAAUUUAUUUGAUGUCAAAUACAAAGUUUUACUGCUCGGAGAUUCACUUGUAGGAAAAACCUCAUUACAACGGUUUAUUGCUGGAAAAGAUUUUCGUCCUGGUAUUGGUUCUACUAUUGGUAUUAAUAUAAAUUUGAAUCUAAAACAAACAAAAAAUAUCAAAUUGAUUUUUAUAGGUAUUGAUUUUGUUAAUAAAAUAAUUUCAGUUGAAAAAUCCAAGGUUAAUUUACAGAUAUGGGAUACAGCAGGUCAAAGGAAUUUUCGAACAAUUGGUAAAAGUUAUUAUGUAUCAACAAAAGCAUUUGUACUAGUUUAUGAUGUUACGAAGGAAGAGUCAUUUGAUUUAAUUCAACAAUUUAAUCAAUUAAUUGAACAGACUGGAUUAGAUAUGGAACGUCGAUAUUUAGUAGCAAAUAAAAUUGAUUUAGUUCUAAACCGAAAAGUUGAUGAAGAAACUGGCCGACGUACUGGAUUAGAUAUGGAACGUCGAUACUUAGUAGCAAAUAAAAUUGAUUUAGUUCUAAACCGAAAAGUUGAUGAAGAAACUGGCCGACGUUUCGCUUUACGAAAUAGUAUGAUUUACUUUGAAACAAGUUGUAAAACAGGUAAAAAUGUUCUUGAACUUUUCGAACAAAUUGCAUCUGAUCUUGUUCAUCAACAUGAUUCAAAAAUGCUUGAAUUUCAUAAACCUGUAAAAGAAAAUUUCGCAUUUAAUUAUCAUGAACCACCAAUAACAAAUCAUGAAAUACAUGAUAGAACUACAGAAGAAGUGAAAAAGUCAAAAAAGAAAAGAAGUGUAUUUUCAUCAUUAUCUUACGAGUCAAUCGAUAAAAAUAAUCGAUUCAAUUUUCGUCGUUUUAUCUUAUGUUGUAAACCAAGUUGA